AAUUGGUCAAUUUUUGCCCCCUCCCCUCCUCUAAUGCCCCGGCGGUGCAGGAGUCCUAUAAUUUUCAAUGUAUGCCUGCCUUGUCAAAAUAUGCUUCGCACUAUAUACCCCGGGAAUCAUGAAAUGUACAAUUUUGGUAGAGACUUUCCACCUCUACAUCACUAUAUAUUUAGUUUUUCAUACAGAUGUACGGUUGCAGAGAGGAAUAUUUUUGAAGGUUGGAAAUUGUUUGGCAGUUUUUGCCCUGCCCCUAAGACCCCUGGAUGGGAAUCCUGAAAUUUACAAUUUAUGUCCGCCUUGUAUUAAAGAUGCUUCAUACCAAAUUUGAAAAGAAUUUGAAUGAUACUUAUCAAGAAAAUUCUGAACGCACGACAGACAACAACGGACGUAGACCCCUGAGCCACUCAACUGACCUAAUAAAAACUCAAACAAUGCUAAAGGAAUCUUUGUAAAACACGGAAAGAGAAAGGAAACGGAACCAACCAAAAAAAAAAAAUGAAAAUCCAUAAAUAUUUUCAUAUGGUUUAUUGAAUCAUUUACAUGCUUUCAACUUCAGUACAGGGAUGUACCUCUAGCGCUAUAGGGAAGGAGCACAUCUUUCAAGGAACAAGGACAAGCAGUGCUAUGAAGUUGUCAUUUGCCUUUAUAAUCAUUAUGCUAGAGGAAGCACACUUUUCGAUACUAGAUCCAGAGUUCUGUGAAAUUUCCAAGUUGACAAGAGAAGUUGUGGAGUCUUGUCCAACGGAUGAGGAAUCGUGGAUAAAGGCUUCAGUAAAAAAAAACUGCUCAUUAUUCACUGACAAAUGCACAGGAAAAUUAGAAUAUCACUGUGUCAUAAACCCCUGGCAAAAUUUAACAGUGGAAGUAUGUGCACCAUCAACUCGUAUUCGAAGAGGACACUGUGCAGAGUACAAUCACAGAGGAGGGAAGAUACAGGAGUUCUAUAUUAAGAACUGUAAAGCCUGCACGGAGGAUUAUACAUCAACAGAUGCAUAUCAAUACCAGGAAUGCUAUUCGACUAUUUACAAUAGAAAAAGGCAUCAGAAAGAAAAACCGGAAUUAAGGGAAUCGUAUCAACAGCUGCAACAACCCAAUGAAAGAAGUGAUGUGGCUAGACAAACAAGUGGGGGAGGCAACAUCAGCAGAACAGACAUUACUCUCUUUGUUACUCUCCUGCAAGUUAUUCUGUAUAAUAGAAUUGCCUUAUAAA